CCCAGGGCCCCUUCCUCCUUCCUCCUCCUGCCUUCCUGCCUCAGUCCCCUUCCCACGGUGCUCGCCCUUUCAUCAUCCGCUUCCCUGUGAAGGCAUUUCCUAAAGCCGAGCCUGAGUGGUUCUCCCGGGGCAGGCUGCUUUGGGGAGCUGGGGGGGUGCGAAACACCCUAGAUGCUGGGUAAUGGGGUGGGAAAAUCGAUGAUUUAAGAACAAAACCGAAAAACUGGCGUUUUGCCGUGCUGCUCGGAGGGGACCUUAAAAAAUUUCUUAGUGUUUGCCCGCAAAGGUAUUGUGCGUUGCCUGGGAGGCUGAGAUGGGGGAGAACAGACAGGUCCUUUGUUCUGAGGUUCAUCUCCCGAGCCCCGAGCCUCCUCCCAGUCUCGGACGGCUGCGCGGGCUGCAUCUGUGCAGCCUGGCGGCGGUGGGGCUGUGCCAUGACAUUUUCACAGCCCUUCUUGCAGAGACAUGUGUGCCAGGGAUGCCGAAUUGCCGGGAGAGCAGCUUUUCCUCCGCAACCAUGUCUGACAAACCCGAUAUGGCUGAGAUCGAGAAAUUCGAUAAGUCGAAACUGAAGAAGACAGAGACGCAAGAGAAAAAUCCACUGCCUUCCAAAGAAACGAUUGAACAGGAGAAGCAAGCAGGCGAAUCGUAAUGAGGCGUGCGCCGCCAAUAUGCACUGUACAUUCCACAAGCAUUGCCUUCUUAUUUUACUUCUUUUAGCUGUUUAACUUUGUAAGAUGCAAAGAGGUUGGAUCAAGUUUAAAUGACUGUGCUGCCCCUUUCACAUCAAAGAACUACUGACAACGAAGGCCGCGCCUGCCUUUCCCAUCUGUCUAUCUGGCUGGCAGGGAAGGAAAGAACUUGCAUGUUGGUGAAGGAAGAAGUGGGGUGGAAGAAGUGGGGGUGGGACGACAGUGAAAUCUAGAGUAAAACCAAGCUGGCCCAAGGUGUCCUGCAGGCUGUAAUGCAGUUUAAUCAGAGUGCCAUUUUUUUUUUGUUCAAAUGAUUUUAAUUAUCGGAAUGCACAAUUUUUUUAAUAUGCAAAUAAAAAGUUUAAAAACUUA